AUGGCAACAGCGGCGCCCAACCAGCUCCAGUUUGGGGAGAGCCCCCAGUAUCCCGCUUACCUGCCCAGCUUUCCUGGGAGUGCUUACCUCCCUCCCCCAAGCCCCGGGGGCGCUCCCUGCCAGCCGCCCCCCUCGGGCUCCGGCCCAGACCUGCGACCCUCGGCGGCGGCAGCCUACGAGGGGUACCCCGGGCCUGGAUCCGGGCCAGCUUCAUUGCUUCCAGUCAGCCUGGCGCCUGCAGCGCCGCAGCUCAAGGGUCAGCCAGCCCCGUCGGGGUCUGGGUCAGGGUCGCAGCGCAGGAAGAGAACGUCCUUUAGUCCCGAGCAGCUGCAGCUGCUGGAAUUGGUGUUUCGACGGACCAUGUACCCGGACAUCACCUUGCGGGAACGCCUGGCCACCCUCACCAGGCUUCCUGAGUCCAGGAUCCAGGUCUGGUUCCAGAACAGACGUGCCAAAUCCCGUCGGCAGAGAGGAAAGUCCUAUAAUCCCUCAGCAGGACGAGAUCUUUUUCUCAACCACCCUCCUCUUGGAACCGAAGGGGAGCAUUUGGUUCCCCUGCUGCCUCUUGAGGUAGAGGUGAACUGCCUGCCUGAUCCAAGUAGGGGUGGAGCUGGGCUCUCUGGCCCCAACAGCCAAGGACAGAGUUUUGGAAGCUUUCCCCCUAUAUCUGAAAACAGUGGUUCAAAGCUGGACUUAUGGGAGGAGCGCAUCUUAUCUACUUUCAGCAACUCUUGACCGAGAUCACAGGAAAAUCUUGGCCUAUGAUUUUGGACAGGGACAAUGGACUAUAACCAUGGAUCAAGAGACCUAUCAAGAGUUUCAUCUCUUCUUCCUGGCCUACACCUUAAGGCCACUGGGUUCAUUUCUCUUAGUUCUUAGUUCAAAUUAAUGCUCUUAGUUCUGUGUCUCAUUUGUCUGGGCCCUCUUCUCAACUAUUAAUUCUUAGUCACGUCUUUGUGUUUUCCUAUACUUUCAGACUUCAUUUACUCAGCCUUUACAAACCAAACUUGCAUAUCCCAGGCCCAUCCUUUCUUCUCCUUGCCAAAUCUAUACUUCUGUCUGUUAACACAAUAUUUCCAACUGGCUCUCUGGGGUUCGGUGACUUCUCCUCAAAAAUAAGUCUUGUUUCAUUUGUAGUGAAGCAAAGUAGGUAAAAGUGCUGGAUUUUAAAAGUCAGCAAAGUCUGGUUUCAAAUCCCACCUUUGAUAAAUAGUUAUGUGAGCACAUGGCUACUGUGGGCAAGUCACAGUGACGGUAAUAAUACCUAGGACUACCUACCUCACAGGGAUGUUGUGAGAGUCUAAUAAGACCACAUAUGUAAAGUGCUAUGUAAACUUAACAUGCUGUUAUAAGGACCAGCUAGUAUUAUUAUUGAUUUAGCUUCUCCAUUGCCAUCACUAGCAUUCAACCUUACUGCCCCUCUAAGUCUUAGUGUCUGUCAUCUUUGUAUAUCACUCCUCCUGGACUAUCUGUGAAUCUUGCUAUUUUCUGGAUUUAGGCCCUCCUCUCUCUAUUCAUAAUCACAGCCUUAGUCCAGGCUGAAAUCCUUUGGUGCCCUGACCACCUCCUUGCCUCUGGCUUUUCCACUGUUAUCUUAAUUUGUGUCACUCUGGGCUGUUAAGUCUAAAAAAAGAGACAAAUUAAGUGGCUGCCUUGGGUGCAACAUGUAGGGCCAUCACAAUUAGGGACACCUGUUAAUAAUUUUUUAAAAAUAUAUACACAUUUUAAAGGUCAGAAAAUUCCACUCCACACAGGUAAAAGCCCCAAAGCAGCUGAAGGACAAUACAUAAGGAGCCCAAUUUUCAAAUCUUACCUAGAAUCCACAGUAAAGAAUGCCUUAUCCCAGCUAUCACAUUACUUUUUAGAGAUAUAUGGUAGUUCCUAAUCACCUUCUACCAAAUUAAAGCCUUUGUGGGGUUUUUUUAGCCUACAUGAUACAAACUAAUAUGCUUCCUGUCCCCCACCCACAAACUAUCUCCUUAAACUGAAGCUAUUGUUGAGAUGCUAUUCUUAAUGGAGAAACAAAACCGCUUUCUGAAAAUACGGGUCAAGAAUGACCUUGAGACACUUUUGACAUCCUAUUUUGCUUCAGCCACCUCAGCACUAUCCUUAGCACUUGUGAAUAUGGAUUGUACUUUUGCAGAACUUUGAUUAGGUUACAUGAUUUUGACGCUGAUGUUUUUUAUGCCACGGCACUUAAUACAGUGCUUUGCACACAGUGGAUACUCAAUAAAUGCAGAUGAUGACAUGAAACUUUAAUAUACACACCUGUCGGCAUGGGGGAGGGGGGUGGACAGACUGGGAUGGGGUUGACACAGUUAGUAUUAACUAACAUAACAGAGAUUAGUAGUUUGGGGAAUAGCUUUGUUUAAAAGGAAAAAAAAGUCAUUUCUCCUUUCAAGAAAGCCUCCAUGAAGGUAUUUUUUUUUAAGGUUUGUCCCUCCCAAAUUAAUAACUACUGAUAUAAGUAUAGCACUGUUUAUAAAUAGAAACCCAACUGUGUUUAUUUUUGAGUUUCUAAAACCUCAAGAAUUUAACUAAGUAAACUUUAAAAAUCUAACUAUAUCAAAGUUUGCCUGUAACCCAUGUUUUAAAUUAUACAAAGAACAUAGAAAAGAACUAGACACACUUGUCAUAUUGAUUCCAGGAAAGUGUGAUGAGACUCUGAAAGCACUGUUAAUGUUUAGGAAGAAAUGCUACAAAUUUUAGAGUUAGAAGGGACCCCAGAGCUUGCUUAGUUUCAAGCCUCACAGCUGAGGCAUGAAUUCUCUAUACAAUAUACUUGAUAAAUUAUUUAUUAUUCUAUCUCUGCUAGAAGACCUCUAUUAACAUUAUAUGGUAGACUACUGCAUUUUGUUUUGUUUGUUUUUUGCUAGGCAAUGGGGUUAAGUGAUUUGC